UAAACCAACCGGUUGAUUUCGAUUUGUCUUCUAGUUCUACUACAUAUCUCGCGAGUGGAGAGGAGGAAACAUGGCGGAUUCCAGGUGUGUUUGGUUUCGUAUAACUUUUUCAAUCGGACUUGACCUCUUAGAGGUGUAGAGAUUUCGAAUGAAUGAAUGAUCUGUUUUGGAUAAUCCGAUGGAAUGCAGAUUGAUUCAUAUCUGGAUAGACUUACCAGCUCCUACUAUCAUAGCAAAGAUCAUUUUGAUUUUAAAUCCACAAUCCGCGAUGCUGCUAACACUAAAGCCCUUUGUGCCCAUCACACCAAAGCCUCGUUAUUCAUACAUCAUUCCUCAUCACCAUCAUCAUGUUAGUUUCUGCAAAUCCCCGUUAAAGCUCAGAACGUAUGCCCAAAAUGGCGGUGGCAAUAAGGAGUCUUCUGGUGGUGGUAACAGACCGGUUAGUAACGAUGAUGGUGAUGCUCCCGAGAAAGAUGGAUUCCCUGGUUUCAGUUUCCGGUUGGGGGAUCUACUGAAGCCGGAUCAAGAUAACUUUGCGGCCGUUGGAUUAGCUGGAGUACUGACAUGGGCUAGCCUUCAAGUCUUAUCCCAGCUCUUCUUCAUCUCUUUUGCUAUCCUUGUCGCUGCUCUCAAGUAUUCUUUCAUCGCUGCUCUUCUCAUUUUCAUUCUCGUCACUCUCCUCUAGCUCUCUUGUAAUGGCACGGAUUGUAGAGUCUAUACUAGCUCUUGCUACCAUUGCUCUUUUUCUAGUGAUUGAUUUGAACACUUAGUAAAAACUAAAAA